GAUUUUUUGUACUAUUCACCAGGUGAACAACGUCAACAACUUACUAUAUCUUCUGGCUCCAACCCCAAAAAUGCUCCGCCAAAUGUUUCUGCUGUGACCCAGAAGCAAGAAUCCAUUUGCAAUGACAUAAUCAUGCUACGUGGAUUCAUUGAGAUUGAGAGGAUGGCUGCUUGCGUCAAUCUUUCCAAGACCAUUGUGAAUAAGAGCAGGGACUUGUAUAAAAAGGUACUAGAGAGCAAACAAUUAGCAGCCAACACAAACGAGGCUGUCGCAUCGGCGUGUUUAUACAUAGCCGCGCGCCAAGAAAAAUCUGCGCUUUCAUUCGAUAACGUCCGGCAGGUCAGCAAAUGCAGCAAGAGACAGAUAGAAAAAUGUUUCAUAAGCAUCCAGAAACUUCUAAAUAUCGAACUGGAACCUGUGUAUACGGACCCGUUCCUGUAUAGACUCGGCUGUGAUUUGGAUUUGCCUACAAGUGUUAGGCGUAUGUCGAAUCACAUCGUCCUGGGAGUUGAGGCGAUGAAAAUCGUGCCUCAGUGCGAUCGUCAGGCAAUUAUUGCGGCGGCCAUUUUUAUGGCUUCUCAGGCAACGCUGGUCUUCCGUGGAUUUCAGGUGUCACACGAUAAGCGAACCCAAAAAGACGUCGAGAACAUCUCCGGCGUGGCGGGUGAGGCCAUCUGGGCAGCAUACAGGCUCAUGUACCCUCAUGCAGCCGCGCUCAUCCCCCCCGUUAACUUCGAGCUGACUGCUUCUAGUGCUUCUAUCGAGUCUCUACCACGAAUUUAG